UCAGCUGCUGGCAGAGGAGUCCCUGAGCUGCUGGGGGUGGUGGUUUUUGUGUUGUUGCAGCUGUUGUUGCAAUGGCAUUCCUUUAGGAGGGACGAAGCAGGCGCAGAAGGGAAAGGCUUCUUGGCUCGCCAGGUACCUGGAACUCCAAUAAGGUGUCAAGGCAACUGUUCAUGAAUGGGGGAAGUGGAUUUCCACUGGCUGAAGAUGCCUUUUGAAUGCUCCAACCUUGAUCUGGGAUCACAUAUGAAGAAUGCACAGGGCUGACAAAACUGCUUCAACCUUCAAGAAAUCUCUUGAGCAUUAGUCAGUGCUGGACUCUCACUCCCCUUCUCCUACUGAAUUCUGAAUCAGGGCUUCUGAACUGGAGCGAUGAAUGUGGGCACGGCGCACAGUGAGGUGAACCCCAACACCCGGGUCAUGAGCAGCCGUGGCAUCUGGCUCUCGUAUGUCUUGGGCAUUGGCCUCCUGCACAUCGUCCUGCUCAGCAUCCCUUUCUUCAGCGUCUCCGUGGUCUGGACUCUCACCAACAUCAUCCACAACAUGAGUAUGUACAUUUUCUUGCACACGGUCAAGGGAACACCGUUUGAAACUCCUGACCAAGGGAAAGACCGACUGCUCACCCACUGGGAGCAGAUGGACUAUGGUGUGCAAUUCACAGCUUCCCGCAAGUUCCUGACCAUCACGCCGAUUGUGCUUUAUUUCCUCACCAGCUUUUACACGAAAUAUGACCGGACGCACUUCGUCAUCAACACAGUCUCCUUGAUGAGUGUCUUGAUUCCCAAGCUACCGCAGCUUCAUGGCGUCCGCAUCUUUGGGAUCAACAAAUACUGAGCUUGGUGGAGGGCUUUGUGAGUGAGCUGUGAUAAAUCCAGCUGAGGACCCUGCUUUCCUUAGUAUUGUCUUCCUCUUUGGGGGACACAAUUCCACAGCAGCUCUUUUUAAACGGGCACAUCUUGUACGGGAGUCCAAGAUCCGAGAAAAGUCAACCAGCCACAGUGAAGCUUGAAUCCUGGAUAGAGUUUAGCUUACCGAGAGGCCAAGGGAAAGCUAAAAUUUAUUUAUUGUUCCUAUCAAGAAAAAUAACAAUGCUGAGAUUUUAAAAGGUACUUGUAGGUUAUUCUGUGGGUGUAAAAGACAUCCAGCCCAGAAAGCUGAACAGUAUAGGAAGGUAGGAGCCAGUCACAAGGUGACUUUAGCUUUUUUAGCAAAUGCACUUUAACCAAAAACUGUCCCUUUGGGGAAUUUUGUGUUGCUCAUUGAAAGGGCUACUCAGAAUUUUUAAGAUGUGUAUUGGGAACAGAGGUAGACAGAUUUCCCAUGGUUUGGAAACUUUAGUUGAUAAUUUAUAGAGAUCUUUAAUUAUUUGGUAGGCAGGUGAGUGAGAAUCUCGACACUUCUGCAGGGUCAAGAGCUUUCCCAGUAAAAGGGUUGCCAUUCUGAAUCUUCUUUGGAAAAAUCCUUCAGCAGUCCAAACAACAGAUUAGCAGAACAAGGAGGAGAAGGAUUCAUGUCUGCUUAACCACUUGCAGGUCAAUUAUCUUCCUUCGACAACUUUCAUUGGGGUCUGGGGAGAGAGAAGAACGCAAUCCUCCUUCAAAACCCUAUCAUAAUAACAUUCACCAACAACAAUUUUUAAAAGAGACUGAAAUUCAGUCCUCUGAACAUCAGGAAAGAAUGUUUGUGUUUAAGUUUUGAUAAUAUUUGGAGUAUGAAGUGUUUUUUCCUGUUGUUAAGGCUUGCCAGCUGGUAAGAGAAGUGUGAAAAGAGCACCCCUGUGCAGAAAAGUGAAGAACUUGCUGCUUUAGGCAGAGUUUUGUAGCAGAGUUAAAAGAGGUUGGAGUAUUUUUUUGGUAAGGAUUUGACAGAGCACUUAAAAUAAGGGUGCUGGGGCUAACAACAUCUGUUUUCUUACCACUGCAAUAGGCUGCCACUUUUGAUACUGGCACCAAGAAACUGGAAAAACUUUUCCGGUCUUGAAACUGAGCACACUUGGCAGUGGUCAGAAAGCAGCAAUGGCGAUGUGAAAUGUAUCUCUGAAUGUUGCUUUUUGAUGGUUUUCUUCCUCUCUGUCAAAUGUGUGUCCUAGUAGCCCUUACAAUAUGUAGCAUCCUUGAAAAAGGAAAGCCAGCGGUUUCUCAUCUCUGUUUGAACAGCGGUGUCAUAAAAUUAGGUCUAUAUAGGUUAACAUUUUUCUUAAUAGAUGCUAUUAAAUCCAUUGGCUGUCAACACCUUCUGCUGGGUUCUCAUCCAGUCAGCUCUCGAUUACAGUGAGAACUGCUUUAGAAAGAAAUUAAUUUCUUUUUAUCACCUCCAUAGCAUUGGGGUUGAUUUUUACCACAUGGUCUUUCAAUAAUAAUCAUUUGGGCAAAUAGUUUGCAAUCCCCUUCAUCCUCUGAUCAAGACCUCAGGUGCGGCAGAGCAAAUACACAGGCUAAGAAAUAGUGUUAUCUUUUCUUUUAAAACCAGGAUUCUUUAUAUGUCCGCCUUGUCACCAGUCUUCACGACAGAAGCCUGUUUGGGUACUUUUUUUCCUCCCAGUUUUGCACUGAUUGGUCUAAUUAACAAUCCCUUAGUAUCCUUCUUUUAAAAUAAGGAAAAAUAUUUUGCACAAUAAGAACAAAUGUUUGGUUGUUGCUCGCUUUGGUGCAAUUUCUACUUGUGUAUAAAAAAACCAAAAGCCAUUCCAAAAAUAUAAAGGACAGCUCACCAAUUAUUUGGAAGCAAUGUGUACUGUAAACAGCUACAAUCUACUGAUCUUCAGACCGCACAUGUUGAGAACUGCAACCAAACUCUACCAUAACAGGGAUAAAACUAAGCCAACAAAUUCUGUUCAGCCUCUCACAUAUUCUGGCAAUACUUUAUAUCUCUGUUGUAAGGAUUUGGGUCUUGAAUAAGAAAGCUGCACAUCAAAAUGAAGAUUUGGCCCACUCAGAGCUGACCUGAGGGUGAAAGGGGAUUCCAAAUGUCAGCUUUGGUAAUAGGCAUGGAAUAAGAUCCUUUUGGGUUGGGGAGGCUAGUAAUACAUACAAUUAACUUCAAUAAAGGGGAAAUUUGUAUUCUUUUGUGAAGUAUUUUGAAGGAGAGAUGCAUGUUCCUAAAUGAUCAUGAAAAGGGAAGUGUUAUGUAAAUAAGUAGUCUCCACUUUGGUUGGGGGAAGUAGCUGGAGACAGAGAAUGAGAGGGGAUAACUGGGACUGAUAGCCUAA